CAUCAUAACAACGUAGCGUCUGUCGAGCGGAGACGAGGCAGCGACAUUGUCGAUGCCCGUCUACGCCUGUCAGAGGAGGACUGCCGCAACGCCGUCUUCCCACUUCCCACUCCGCCCCGAGCUCGUGCGGUGGUGAGCCGAGCGGUCUCUCCGUUCAGCCGGUUCGCCCCGCUGCGGUGGACGGGCUCCGAGUUGUCUGAACGAGAGCUGCGACGCUGGACGACCCACGGGAAGAACAUGUCGCUGAGCGGUCACGCCUCGUACGACAACAAACGGUGGGAAUACCCGAAAGCUGCGACGGAGGAGGACAUAUUUGCUCAUCUCUCCCUGGAGUACGUCCCACCUUGGGAGAGGAACGCCUGAAUGACGAUACCGCACCGCCGAGACCGUCUUCUGCGCAGGUCGGUAACGUCCGACCGCCCUUGUCCAAAGGUGCCGUACGGUCGAGGGAAGACGUCGUCCUGAUAAACGUGAAGAGCGUGUCCGUGAUUUGUCACGUGUGGUCGUUACAGUCUGCUUGCAUCGGGCCGAGUGGGGCAGUGAGCCACCAAAUCAGAUGAAGCUGUCGCAAACUGUCGCAUUUUGACUGCGAGAAUAUGACCCUGGGCGUAACUCUUGGAGGAGCUUUUAGUAUUUGGACAGUUUUUGCCUUCAUUUUGUUUUGUUCCAAGUGCAUCAGUAGGUUAAAGGUUAAAUGAUCCUGAGAGUCCUACCCUGUGAGCAAGGUCUUCUUAUAGCACUGAUAAAUGACGCCACAACUACAUUUGGACGUUGGAGUUCCAGUGGUCCUGAGACUGCGAUGUUCCUGCUAAAGUAAAGUUCAAUUCCUGUGGCUGAAAUGCACCAGUAAUUCCUGGAAGGAAAAGAUUACAGAACCAAGAAAAUUCUGGCACACAACUUCUUAUGGCACCAAAAAUAAUUCAAUACGUUAAAGAAAUAAAUUCUCCACAAGUUCCUAGUUACAGAAAGGGGGUGGGCGGGGCUGAAACCAGACCUAAAAGGCUCCAGGACCCUCUUAUAGUAGUAUCCUUGUCUUAUUUUGGCACAGAUAAAUAUUAGAAUCAAAUAGUUCCAGUGGUCCAAACACUAAAAUAGGCCUCCAAAAGUUCCCCGGUCCGGGUUCAAGUUCAUUCCUGUGGCUGAAAUGCACUAGUAGUUCCCGGAACUAAAAGGUCGCCGGACCGAGAGUAUUGCCUUCGUCGUCUUUGAAAGUAUUUGCCCCCACUUCCGUAUCCAAAUUUGAACAAUUGUUCCAGUGGUCUAAGCACAAAGUGAAAUGGUCCUCCAAAAGUUGCUCAUCACGAGGAACGCUUCCAAUCAGUAAAAAGUUCCAGGAGCUUUUGGUAGCACCCCCCCCCCCCCCCGUCCUCUUUGGCACCGAUAAAUAACCACAUUUGGACAAUCAGUUCAAAACACAAAAUCAAAUAGUCCUCCAAAAGUUCCUGGCGCUGAAUGUGAAGUGUCAGUCGUUUGCGUGGCCUGCUGUUAACGGCCUCAUUAACCUCAAAAUGGCAGCCUCGCAUCAAAGCGGCGUCGCGCCUCACACGCCCUCGACCUUUUCUGCGUCUUUUUGAAAUAUUUCAGACACAACAUAUACUCGUCACGUAAAAAAAAAACGACAACAAAAACAGAUGCCGCCUUUCCCCGCAGACGAGACGGCGACUUCCUCUGUCGAGCCAUCGUCUCGGCUUUUCACACCGACGCGAGCGAUGCGCAGACGGCCCGCGGAGACCGUCUGUCUGCGUGUGUGCGACUUCACACGCCGCCACACCCGCGCCGCGUUUCGCUGGCGGGCUCGAUGUUAGCAUCGCCGACUCCCGAUCGCGCUCCCGAUGAUCCCCGAAUCAAACGUGACGCAGUCAAAAGCAUUUUUGCUUCAGCAAAGCUUUUAACUUUGCUUUUAAGCCUCCUUUGAUGUUUUGUUAAUGCUUUGAAAUGCUAGAAAUUUUUUUUUUUACAAAUGUUACAAAAAAAAUGGGAUGAAGCUUUGACUUUCCUAAAUUUUAAUACAUCUUGUAUACUUAUUGUCACAAGAAAUGUUUUCUGUAUUUAUUAUAUAUAUUAUUAUUUUUUUAUGUAUGAUUUAUUUUAUUAUUCAAUAUUAUUAUACUUAUAUAUUAUAUUUUCUAUAUUCUUAUGAGCAUUUUGAUGGUGAACAGAAGAUGGUUGAAACGCGCAAAUGCGGUUGAAAUUGCCCCUAAAUUGCCCCUUCCUCACCACAACCUGCGACUGCAUAAUUAAGUUGGAUUUAAGUGCAAAUAAAUGAUCAUUUCCAGAAAAAACAAAAGUAUUUUCACAUUGGAAUUAAAAAUAACAAUAAAACAAUGUAAAGAAUAUUUACGAUAAAGCUUGCUUUGCUUCUUAUUUUCAGUAUGUUUUUAAAAUAUAUUUAGAUUUUGUAUGGUUUUUCAUAUGUUUAUAGGAUAUAAUUGUUGAAAAUGUUACACAGUCCACUCAUUCGCAUUUUGACACACAUGCGCACAAUUUUCUAAUGUUCCCUCCCAAAGUAUAUUUCUUAUUAAAAACAACAACAAAAAACAAUUCUGUAAGAAAGAAACAAAUGAUCUUGUUUAAACCAGUUGGUCCCUUUUCCCAGUUUUACUUCGUUUGUUGUCAGAAGUGGUUUUCCUCAUAUGAAGCUUGUCUUCAUUACUCCAUGAAAAUGGCUCAUUUCAUAUAUUUGGGUUAAUAACAAGAUAAGAAGAAUAUUGGGAUUUUUACAUUUCGGAGACUUUUGGAUAAUUAAACACACACCCGGCCGGGCUCAAAUUGACGGCGUAAGAUUAUUGCUGCUUCCCCGAAACAACAGAAGAUGCUCACGAGGUUCAAAGCUUUUUAUAGCGACAUCAAAUCCUCGUUUACUUGUGACGAUGUCACUUUUAGUUGGGCUAACGUAAAUGAACCCUCUAUUUAUGUUGCCGGCCAACAUCAAAAUAAAUAUACGCGAUAUUGACGCUCACGCUUUGCUUUUUUUUUUUUUUUUUUUUUUUUUUUUUUUUUUUUUUUUUUUUUUAUCAUCCAACUCAAACUCGUGUCAGCUUAACCACACCCACGAAGCUCAAGUGUGUAAGUGUGUGCGCGAGCGUGAGAGAGGGGAUGUCGGGAGUGUCCGGGGGGGAGGGGGGGGCCGAGGCGUGUUUGCGUCCGUAACGGAGUAGCGAGCAGGCCCGGUGAAGAGAUGAAAGGGCCCGAAUGGAGCCCACCAAAGGGCGGCUCGGGGGGGGGGGGGGGGGGGGGUGGCUAAUUUGCUCCCACGGACGUACGCCGCAACGGAGACCAAAAGCACAGACGAAACGUGAGAAAUGGCAACAUUUAAAGGGCCAGAACACCCAAAAGAACGAAACCAUUUGGAAGAGUCCGCUCCGUCGUCGUGAAGCGCGACGCCGAUAAAAUGUGGCCCGCGGUUUCUUUUUAUGACGAGAAAGACAAAAGUGCGUGACAGUAAAUCCGAACGGCUUCGUAAAAAUGGCGAGCGCUGCGCAAUUGACGUCCUACAACUGUACGGCUACUAGCGCAUAAGUGAUCCCAACUACUCAUUCGAGCCGUUACACUCGUCUUUAUACGAUCGUAAUAACGGUAAAGACGUGCUAUAGUUGCACUUUCACAAAUUCAUAUCGCAGAAAAAAACACAUUCAUUUUGUUGUCUGCUAUCGUGGGGUUGCAAAAUGGCCGCCUCAUCCUGGCACUUCAGGGCGCAGAUCUCUCUGGUGUAUUGCCGCAACGUCACGAGGCUCGAGAAAAAGUUUGUAAAAGACGUAUAAAAAAAAAAAAAACUCUUUGGACGCUAACAUGCAUUUGUGUUCAUUUUCAUGGAAAAGGACAAAAA